CAGCGAUAGUGAUGACCUCCCGGUUACGCGCGCUGGGUGGAAGAAUUAACAACAUCCGCACUGCAGAGCUGCCCAAGGAGAAGACCCGAUCGGAAAUCAUCUGCAGCAUCCGCUUCUUAGAUGGCUUGGUACAGACCUUCAAAGUCAACUUCAAGGGCUUGGUUCAAAGGAUUCCUGAGAAGUCUGCCCACAGAAAUAGAAUUUGCAGUUUCUCAAAUGCUUCCCGCUGUGUGCCCCACUGGGCCUUUGUUGGAGCUGGGCCGGCGCUCCAGAUGCCUGCCCUUGGUGCCAGGAAAGGACGGACAGCAUGGGCCAGCUCCUGCCGGACCCCAGGUGUUGUCCCUGGAGGCGUGCACUGUGCUUCGCUCGCUUCACAGCACUUGACACCAUGCUACAGCUGCCGGUCCACGGCUCAGGCAGGACAGGGGACGCGUGACAGCUGUGUCCCCUGUGGGGAGCAAACCGGACUAGACUGUUACUGGAAUUAAGACUUAUUCUAUGCAUCUGCUCUCCCACAAUAUGGCGCUGGGAGAGAAGUAAACAGCUUCCGCAUAGCUGCCUCCAGUUCAACCAAUUAACUGUAGGACUUGCUCCUGAUUGGAGAGCAGCGUACUCAGCCGAGUUGGGAUUGGCGGAGGAGGACUAUAAAGGAGGAGAGAGACGGCAUGCACGAGGAACAUCUAUGGGGAACAUCUAAGGGAACCCGUGCAGCCCCCGAGAAGAGUUGGCCGGCGGUGUGCCGCUCCCCUGCGGAAGUGGGGAAUGCGGCCAGGGGGAACUGCCCUUCCACGGAGGUGGAAGGGAUAGUAGCCAACCCGGGAAGAACCAGCAGCAAACCCGGGGAGGGCCGAGCAGACGAAAGAACAGCGCAGGUUCCUGUGUUGCUCCUCCACGAAGAGGGGGAGCGACAUAAUGGUGCCGUGACUCGGAUAUGAAGCCUAGGCAGGGUUUAGUGUCGUUCCCCCACGAAGAGGGGGAGCGACAUAAUGGUGCCGUGACUCGGAUAUGAAGCCUAGGACGGAUAGGAAACUUAGGAGGGAAGAAACGGGAAGAAGCAGGAAAAUACCGGAGAGAGAGACUAGCGAAGAGCCUAGGGGAAAGCCAGACGAGAAAGGUGCCGGAAGAAGCUAUGGAAAGCCUAGGCAUAGACUCGGAUAUGGACUGUGGGAAAGAAGUUAGGAUUUAAAGUGAAAGCAAGAAGAAACUUAGAUACGGACUGCAGGUUGAAAGUGAAAGUGAAACCUAUAAGAAACUUAGACUCGGAUACGGACUGUGGGGAGAAGCCAGGAGAAAUGAGGGAGGAAUAUUGUUGGAAGAAAACUUAAGGAAACAUACCGGGUAGAGAAAAAUGUUAGGGAGGAUGAAGCCGCGAGUGCAGGCCAAGCCAUCUUGGAAUUCUUCAAGUCACCCCGGGGAGCAAGAGGCGAAGAUCUGGAACCAGAGGCAGAGACGUGGGCCGCCAGGAUUCGCCAGAAACAAGACACAGGUCAGGUCCUUCUGGACAUGGCCUACAACCACCUGGGCGUGACCGAGAAGGAAUACUUCGGGCUGCAACACGGCGACGACUCAGCAGACUCUCUUAGAUGGCUGGAAUCAAGCAAACCCCUCCGGAAGCAGCUGAAAGGAGGUUUCCCCUGUACCCUGCAUUUUCGAGUCAGAUUUUUUAUACCUGAUCCCAACACCUUGCAGCAAGAACAAACCAGGCAUAUGUAUUUCUUGCAACUGAAGAUGGACAUUUGCGAAGGAAGGCUAACCUGCCCUCUGAACUCGGCCGUGGUUCUAGCAUCCUAUGCCGUACAAUCUCAUUUCGGAGACUACAAUUCUUCCGUGCAUCAGCCAGGCUAUCUUGCCGACAGUCAGUUUAUUCCGGAUCAAAACAGGGACUUUUUAGCAAAAGUGGAGUCUCUGCACGAGCAGCACAGUGGGCUAAAGCAGUCAGAAGCAGAAUCUUGCUUUAUCAACAUAGCACGGACCCUCGACUUCUACGGGGUGGAGCUGCACAGUGGUAGGGACCUACACCAUUUAGAUCUCACCAUCGGAGUGGCCUCGGCGGGCAUCGCUGUGUACAGGAAACACAUCUGCACGAGUUUCUACCCUUGGGUAAACAUCCUCAAAAUUUCUUUCAAAAGGAAAAAGUUCUUUAUACAUCAGCGACAAAAACAGACCGAAGCCAGGGAGCACAUCGUGGCCUUCAACAUGCUCAGUUACCGCUCGUGCAAGAACCUGUGGAAGUCCUGCGUGGAGCACCACACGUUCUUCCAGGCAAAGAAGCUGCUACCUCAGGAGAAGAAUGUUCUCUCGCAGUACUGGACCCUGGGUGCCAGGAACCCCAAAAAGUCUGUAAAUCACCAAUAUUGCAAAAAGGUGAUUGGUGGGAUGGUGUGGAACCCAGCCAUGCGGAGAUCUUUGUCGGUGGAGCAUCUGGAAACCAAGAGCCUGCCUUCCCGGUCCCCUCCUGUCACUCCCAACUGGCGAAGUCCUCGGCUCCGGCACGAGAUCCGCAAGCCACGGCACUCGUCUGUGGAUAACCUUGCCAAUGAAAUGACCUACAUCACGGAGACCGAAGACGUGUUUUACACAUACAAGGGCCCCCUGUGCCCCAAAGACAGCGACUCCGAAGUCUCCCAGAACCGGAGCCCGCCCCAAGAGAGCUUAUCCGAGAACAAUCCAGCCCCAAGCUGCCUGACUCAGAAGUCAUCCAGUUCUGUGUCUUCAAACGCUCCAGGCUCCUCCUCCCCCGACGGCGUGGACCAGCAGGUCUCAGACGACUACCACAGGGCCACCCGAGGGGCCUCCACCGAGGACACCGGCCAGUACUACUGUGACAAGAAUGACAACGGUGACGGCUACUUGGUCCUGAUCCGCAUCACGCCGGACGAAGACGGAAAAUUCGGAUUUAAUCUCAAGGGAGGAGUGGAUCAGAAAAUGCCGCUCGUGGUAUCAAGGAUAAACCCAGAGUCACCUGCUGACACCUGCAUUCCUAAGCUGAACGAAGGGGAUCAAAUCGUGUUCAUCAACGGCCGGGACAUCUCCGAGCACACGCACGACCAGGUGGUGAUGUUCAUCAAGGCCAGCCGGGAGUCGCACUCGCGGGAGCUGGCCCUGGUGAUCCGGAGGAAAGCCGUGCACAAGUUUGCAGAGAUCAGAUCUGAAGAUGAGCUGAGCCAGCUCUUCCCCGAGACCAUCUUCCCCGUGUGUCCCGAGGGAGCGGGCACGCUCGAGGGCUCCAUGGACCUGCUGAAGAAGGGCCUCGAGAGCGGCACGGUGCUGAUCCAGUUUGAGCAACUCUACAGGAAGAAACCAGGUUUGGCCAUCACAGGUGCAAAGCUGCCUCCAAAUGUAGACAAAAACCGCUACAAAGAUGUGCUGCCUUAUGACGCCACCCGGGUAUUGUUGCAGGGAAGUGAGGAUUAUAUCAACGCAAGCUAUGUGAAUAUGGAAAUCCCCAGCGCUCACCUCGUGAACAAGUACAUCGCCACUCAGGGACCCCUGCCACACACCUGUGCACACUUCUGGCAGGUCGUCUGGGAUCAGAAGCUGUCGCUCAUCGUCAUGUUGACGACUCUGACAGAGCGAGGCCGGACCAAAUGUCACCAGUACUGGCCUGACCCCCCCGACGUUGCAGACCACGGCGUCUUCCAUAUCCAGUGCCAGUCGGAGGACUGCACCAUCGCCUACGUGUCCCGAGAAAUGCUGGUCACGAACACUGAGACUGGGGAAGAACACACAGUGACGCACCUCCAGUACGUCGCCUGGCCUGACCACGGCGUGCCGGAUGACUCCUCGGACUUUCUGGAAUUUGUAAACUACGUGAGGUCCCUGAGAGUGGACGGGGAGCCCAUCCUAGUUCACUGCAGUGCCGGCAUAGGUCGAACCGGUGUCUUGGUCACCAUGGAAACGGCCAUGUGCUUAAUUGAGCGAAACCUGCCCGUGUACCCACUGGAUAUUGUCCGGAAAAUGCGAGACCAGCGCGCCAUGAUGGUGCAGACAUCAAGCCAGUACAAGUUCGUGUGUGAAGCAAUUCUUCGUGUGUAUGAAGAAGCCUUGGUCCAGAUGCUGGAUCCCAGUUAGGACAACUGUGGGGGAAAAAAUGCUCAUUUCUCUUUCCCAGGGACGAUCUCCUGAAGAGGGGGCUUCAAACCCACCCUCCGGAGGCAGCCAGAGGACCUGGGAGCCGUGGGAAAGGAAUGAGCUCAAGUACAGCCAGGCACUUUAAAUUUCUGUAGAAAAGGUAUCCUGUACAUAGGAACUGGUGUAGAUACGCAUGCCAUCACAGCGUCGUUGAAGGCCAGAGAGACAGCAGAAAGGGAUGUCACGUGGGGGCCUGUCCUGACGCCUGCCUCCCUAGACUGCCCCACACCCCCGUGAGCCCCCGUCGGGCAACGGCUGAGCGGGGACACCAGCGGUGCUGCUGACCCGCCAGAAGCAAGACGGUGCGGUGGGUUCGGGUGGCCGGGAUGGAUGUUGGCGUGUGUCUGCGUGUAGGACUACAAGGGCUGAGUUUUCUGUGCUCCUAGGCGGAGCUGCCUCCAUCUGUGCCCCUGGCGCUUAGGGGCCCCUGAUGACUGCACUGCACGGAGGGCGGUGGGCGCUCAGGCUGGAGGAGAGCAAUGCCUUCGCUGCCCUCCCUCCCUGCUUCCCGUCUCCCUGCCCCUGCCCUCCUGGGGUCCCCACCCAGUGCCUGAGCAGGCGAAGAGCGGACAUUCAGGUGACUUCAGCUGAGACUCCGAACCAGGGCUCCCGGUGACAUCGCGUGUCUUAGCGUGAGAAACAGGUGUAUCUCUUGCCUCUGCUUGCCUCUUCCUGUGUCUUCAGAACCCAGGACUGGAAUCACUGACUACUGAAUCUAUGUUACAUUGCUGCUACUUCAAGCUGUACACUUGAACGUGACGAUUUUCCCGAGGGGAGAGGGGAUGGUGGCAUCUAGAUAUUCAGAAUCUUUGGCCCUUCUGAGAAAAGAGCUUCCUGUCCUUGACCACGGGAAACCCUGCUUCUAGAGGGUUGUCUGUGGGUGUAAGUGAGUGUGAGUGCGUGUGAGUGUGUGCGCGUGCGCAUGUGUGGGCAUCUGUCCUGAGCAUUUCUCAGGAUCCCUAACCAGAUUCAAAUUACCGCUGAGUUUAUAUAAAGAAAGAGUCUCUGUAUAGGAGAACAAAAGUGUGCAGUCACCCUUGGUUACGACGUCUCCAUUUCAUUUCAAAGGAGAACACCAGACUAUCUGAAUAUAAACACGAUUUGAUGUUAAUUUAUUCCAAGAACACCAUGACUUUGAUUGUCCUAAAGAAUUCUGCCUUUGUGAAUACUGUGUUCAAAGUUUUUUUUUUUUUUAAUUUGUGACAGGAUUGUAGCAAAUUAUUAUUUAAGGAAAAUAAAUUACGUAAACAUUUUAAUGUGGUAUCUUUAAAUAGCAGUUUCUAUGCAUUCAGAAGAGGAAGCUAAGCCAGUUUCUUAGUAUUUCCAGAAAAAGGCUGCUUUCCUGUUACAGCACAUGUGGAUGAAGCCAUAUUGAUAAAUUCACAAACUCUGGACCAAUUGGGCAGUUUCCUUGUAGCAGGAUGGUUAGUGGGGGGAGGGGGGAUAUGAUGAGGUUUCUGAGGGUUCUUCUGCCUCCACACCUGGUGUAUGAGUACAAUUCAAAAAGUUCAUGGAAAAUGGAAUUAAAAGUUCAUUUUGAUGCAAAAUAA